GACAUUUUAACCCCGGCGAAUCGCGGUAAACAAAGAAUAUAACGCGUCGGUCCUCCCCCUGCGGGACAGAGGAACUGGGUUUGCUGGCGUCGCGCGACGGGGGGAAUGGCGGGUCGCCGCCGCUGUGUCCGCGCGGCGACGGCGCAGCAGUUCCCGUUCCGUUUGACUUUGGCAUUGUUCAGUAAGGGCAAAUUGAUCGGCUCAUGUCGCCCAGAAAACAUUCGGUGCUCGCCGCCCCCCUGUUCUCUGCGUCCACUUUGGGAAGGUGGACGUGGAAGCGGGGAACGGCUUCUAGAGGCAGAACGGGCGGCUUUAGCGUCACGGAUCCUUUUGUUUGGAGUGCGCAGAAAAGUCGGCCGACGCACACUGCGCGGGGCUGCCGCUUGCUCCGUGUUGGUGGGGGGGGUGUUUCCGCAGCCCGCAGUGCGUUUUUGCUACAUGCCUCUCUGCACAAACUUGCAAAGACAAACAAUGCAAAGCAGUCGAAGUAUACUUGUUUAUUCGUUGCGCCUGAAGAGUUUGCCCCAGGUGUUUUGUGCUGUUUUCGGUGUGGAUGAGAGUCGGUGAACGUCUGGUGCAGCCGACGGACGGCUGCUUCUGACUCCCCCAGCCUGGACGGGUAGAAGGAAUCCCGGGCUAGUACUACUGGAGCUCCGCCUGUCGUGGGCGAUGGUUUAUUUUGGAAGUUCCACCUUUUGUAGGAGGGUACUUGUUGUGACGUUUACCCCGCAGCGAUUGGCUCUAGAAUAUGAAAUGGGCGGAGCCUGAUCGUGCAGAAGGAAUAGACCCCCGUUCUUUACAAAGUCACGUGUCAUUUGAGUCCGGAAAGUAGUCCGUAAUGUAGAUGGACGGAAAGAUCACCUGAUGGAUCCGAAUGGGAAAUUGUAGGGUUGCGACUGGAUUAUCAAAAUAAAGGCUGCUGAAACAAAAAAAGACCCAACCGGGUAUCGAAUGGGUUGAAAGACACAUGAAAGUAAAAUGUGUCUGAAUUUGUAAUUUUUCAUCUCUAUAUGCAAACAUGCAUUUUUUUCUGCCUAAAAACAAGUAGACCUCUGCACAGACCUAAAUUUGGGCCUCUGUGUUUAGCAUUUAACAUUAUCCAACAGUCGGUCAUGGACACCUUUCAUCACUGACUGAUCAGGCUGCUGUGCAAAAAGCUUAGUGGAAGCAUGCCGGGUGACUGCAGCCUUGAGAGGAUUAUGAAACACACUCCAUUCAGGAGUUUGGGAGUGAGCCACAUGGUGUGGAAUCAAUGCUUUAUGAGCCACCACUCACAUACAUAUCCAGGACAUGCGCUACAACUGUAUCAUUCCCCAUGUGAAUCCAAUGGCUGACCCAGAGACAUCAAAAGUGUCUUACCUGGUGGUGGUGGUGGUUUAAAUAAAAGUAUAUUUCUGGAUUUGCGGUGGGAAAUCAAGUUCCCUUGAGUGAGAGGUAAGCUAGCCAGAGAUUCAGUAUGAAUUUGCCAUAUUAGUCAUCAUUUUGUAAGAUGACCUAGCUACUGCCCGCACUAUCAAAAUGGCCAAUACCCGCUUAGGUACCCUGCCUGGGGAAGACACGGAGUAAGAUUGGCCAACUUUACCGAAACACUGCGGUCUUGUCAAGACAAAUUGGUGACCAUACUUUUUUUUUCUUUAAAAAAGGUUUUAUCACCUCUAGAAACCUUUACUUGAGAGCGGUCAGACAGGAAGGCGGGUUACAAGGGAGGGGGAAGACAUGCAGCAAAGGUUACUUAGCUGGGACUCAAAGUCAUCAAGGACUGCGGCCUCCACAAAUGGGUCACGCUUUACCCCUGCGCCACCACAGCACCCAACAUCACCAUAUUUUUAAGAAGCGUCUAUUUCUGAAAAGCUGUAUGGGUGUGUAUUUAUUAAUUUAUUUAGGGUAAGCUACAAUCAUAAAAAUGGACAGACAGAUGCAAUAAGUAUAUUUUUGUGGGCAAUGAAUCAAUGUAAGAUCAAUUAAAUUGCUGAAAAAGGUUAGCAUACUCAAGUAUUCAUACAAAAAUGCCAGAUCCAAGAUAGUAAACCUGUAUCAACAUCAUGCCUUAGGAUGCUACAGCAUAAUUGCAUUUUUUCAUUAUGAAGUUAUGUAUAUGAAAAAAGUACAUUUACAUUACAAAAUGUCUUUUGCAGUUGUGUCUGCGGAACAUUUCAAAGAUAAACACUGCAAACCUGCCUGAUUUACUCAACUUAGCCUCUGCCGCUGCACGUCAAGUCCAGAGGGGUGUGUUUGAUAACUGUGCCAUAAAUUUCUGAUCGACAGCUCACAUUCAAAACAUUAACAGAGGCCCCGCCCCUCGUGUGGCGCCUCUGAGUGAACCGACCAAUCGCGUGUAUUCUGGCGCGGGGUUUCGUCCAGCGGCCCCGCCCACCUCCCUAGCUAACCGAACGGAGAUUGUUUUCCUCUCUCGGGGAGAUUUUGACGUUGCUGCUCACUGCCCGAAUUGUUUAUUUUAAGUCACACGCCGCCGAGAAGUUGCUUUUCACACUCUUGUGUUUUUAAACCGGAGGUACGGUCGUGGGUCCAGAUAUAACGGAUCGUCAUAUAAUCGCCUGGGAACUUCUGCGAGCUGUUUGGGAGAGUGGUCUCGCAGCUCUCACAAGCAUGAGUUCAUAAUGAAGCGGCGUCUGGAGGAUCAGGACACGAUUUUUGCGUCGCAGCAGCGGCGGCUCGCUGGCAACCCGGAGCCUUUCCAGCAUCGCAUGCUGGCCCCCGCCCCCGCUGCUCCAGCUGUGUAUGAAGCCUUGACCGACAACAUGCAGCCCACAGCUGGCGCCCAGUACUCCGUCCCCCCGGGAUACCAGGGCUCUACCGUGGCCCAGAACAGCGGCGGUCAUGGGCACGCCCCGAGUCCGGCGGUCCACACUGGGCCCCACCAUCACAGCCCCGCCAUUCAGUCCCACGGGCCCUCGUUGAUGUCGGGGCAUGGGCACGCAGCGGCCCCUCCAUCCUCUGCACAAGGUCACCAGCAGUUCCAGAGGCUUAAGGUGGAAGACGCUUUGUCGUAUUUGGAUCAAGUGAAGCUCCAGUUUGGGAACCAGCCUCAGGUCUACAAUGACUUUUUAGAUAUAAUGAAAGAGUUCAAGUCGCAAAGCAUCGAUACUCCUGGGGUCAUCAGCAGGGUGUCGCAGCUCUUCAAAGGCCACCCCGACCUCAUCAUGGGGUUCAACACUUUCCUUCCCCCGGGCUACAAGAUCGAAGUCCAAACCAACGACCUGGUCAACGUAACAACGCCAGGUCAGAUCCACCACAUAACCCCGCACGGCAUCUCGGUCCAGAACAUCCCCAUAACGGGAGCAGCCACCCAGCAUCCGCCCCAGCUCCCAGCUGCUGCGACAACCACUGCCGCCGCAGCCGCUCCGCUUCUUCUGACGCAACCAACCCCCGCCAAGAUGAGCAAGCCUCCUCAGCCGCUGACACCAAGCAGCCAGACCAAUCCGUCCAUCCCUGUGUACACCUCCCCUCGCUCUCCACCCGUGCAGCUCCACCCGGCCCUCGGUGGGACCCCCCCUGGCCCGCCUAUGCAGAACAACCAGCCCGUGGAGUUCAACCACGCCAUCAACUAUGUCAACAAGAUCAAGAACCGCUUCCAGGGCCAGCCGGACAUCUAUAAAGCCUUUCUGGAGAUUCUCCACACGUACCAGAAGGAGCAGCGUAAUGCUAAAGAGGCUGGAGGUAACUAUACGCCGGCUCUGACAGAGCAGGAGGUCUAUGCUCAGGUGGCCAGGCUCUUCAAGAACCAGGAGGAUCUGCUAUCGGAGUUUGGACAGUUUCUCCCUGAUGCCAAUAGUUCAGCAAUGCUAAGUAAGACCAACGCAGAAAAGGCCGAGUCCGUAAAGAACGACCACGGCCUCACCACCAAAAAGGUGGUGCUCAACAACAAACAGAGGCCCAACCAGAACGGAUGUCAGAUCCGACGCCACCCGACUCCGGGGCCCACGCCGCCCGUCAAGAAAAAGCCCAAGUUACUGAAUCUGAAGGACUCUCCGGUGGCCGAUCCCAGCAAGCACGGAGUCGGCACAGAGUCUCUGUUCUUCGAAAAGGUCCGCAAAGCCUUGCGGAGUGCCGAGGCUUACGACAACUUCUUGCGCUGCCUGAUCAUCUUUAACCAAGAGGUGAUCUCCAGGGCUGAACUGGUGCAGCUGGUGCUGCCCUUUUUGGGGAAAUUUCCCGAGCUGUUCAACUGGUUCAAGAACUUCCUGGGCUAUCGCGAAAUGUCCCACAUUGAGACGUACCCCAAGGAACGCGCCACCGAGGGCAUCGCUAUGGAGAUUGAUUACGCUUCCUGUAAGAGGCUGGGUUCCAGCUACAGAGCUUUACCCAAAAGCUACCAGCAACCCAAGUGCACCGGAAGAACUCCGCUUUGUAAGGAGGUCCUGAACGACACCUGGGUCUCCUUUCCCUCGUGGUCCGAGGACUCCACGUUCGUCAGCUCCAAGAAAACUCAGUACGAGGAGCACAUCUACAGGUGUGAGGACGAACGCUUCGAGCUGGACGUGGUCCUCGAGACCAACCUGGCCACCGUCAGAGUGCUGGAGGCGGUGCAGCGGAAGCUGUCCCGCAUGUCCGCCGAAGAGCAGGCCAAGUUUCGGCUGGACAACACGCUGGGCGGCUCCUCGGAGGUCAUCCACCGCAAGGCCAUCCAGAGGAUAUACGGAGACAAAGCUCCCGACAUCCUCGACGGCCUGAAGAAGAACCCGGCCGUUUCUGUUCCAAUCGUGCUGAAAAGGUUAAAGACAAAGGAAGAGGAGUGGCGGGAAGCCCAGCGAGGCUUCAACAAGAUCUGGAGGGAGCAGAAUGAGAAGUAUUACCUCAAAUCUCUGGACCACCAAGGCAUCAAUUUCAAACAGAACGACACCAAAGUGCUUCGAUCCAAGUCUUUGCUAAAUGAAAUCGAAAGCAUCUAUGAUGAGCGGCAGGAGCAGGUGUCGGAGGAGAACGCCGCGGCCCCCGUGUGCCCCCACCUGACACUGGCGUACGAGGACAGCCAGAUCCUGGAGGACGCUGCAGCGCUCAUCAUCCACCACGUGAAGCGGCAGACCGGCAUUCAGAAGGAGGACAAGUACAAGAUCAAGCAGAUCAUCUACCACUUCAUCCCCGACAUGCUGUUCGCGCAGCGCGGCGAGCUGUCGGACUUGGACGAGGAGGAAGAGGAGGAGGAAGAGGACGGCGAGCCGGACGAGGCGGGCGCGUCCAAGAAGCACAACGGCAUCCCGGGCAGCGGGAGCCCCUCCAAGUCCAAGCUGCUGUUCGGCAACACGGCGGCGCAGAGGCUGCGCUCGUGCGAGGACGACGCCUACAACCUCUUCUUCGUCAACAACAACUGGUACAUCUUCCUGCGGCUGCACCAGACGCUGUGCUCGCGGCUGCUGAGGCUGUACGAGCAGGCGGAGCGGCAGAUCGACGACGACGUCCGCGAGCGGGACUGGGAGAGGGAGGUGCUGGGGCUGAAGAAGGAGAAGAAUGACAACCCCGCCGUCCAGCUGCGACUCAAAGAGCCCAUGGACAUCGAAGUGGAGGAUUACUACUCGGCCUUCCUGGAGAUGGUCCGGAAUCUGCUUGACGGGAACAUGGAGGCCUCUCAGUACGAGGACUCUCUGAGGGAAAUGUUCACCAUCCACGCUUACGUCGCCUUCACCAUGGACAAGCUCAUCCAGAGCAUCGUCCGGCAGCUGCAGCACAUAGUGAGCGACGAGAUCUGCGUCCAGGUGACUGACCUGUACCUGGCUGAGAGCGGGAACGGCGCCACCGGGGGCGCAGCGUCCGUGCAGCCGUCGAGGAGCCCGGCCGAGACGGCCUACCAACGUAAGGCCGAGCAGCUUAUGUCUGACGAGAACUGCUUCAAGGUGAUGUUUUUGAAAAGCAGAGGGCAAGUGCAGCUGACGGUGGAGCUGCUCGACACGGAGGAGGAGAACUCUGACGAGCCCAUGGAGACUGAGCGUUGGUCCGACUACGUUGGACGUUACCUAAACCCGGACUCCACCACUCCCGAGCUGAGGGAACACCUCGCCCAGAAGCCCGUGUUUCUUCCCAGGAACCUGAGACGGAUCCGGAAGUACCAGAAGGACAGGGAGCAGAUGGACAAGGAGGCCUGCGAAGGAGGGAAGAAAUCCAUGGAGAAGGAGAAGAUGGAGUGCAUGUUCAAACUAAACUCCUACAAAAUGGUCUACGUCUUUAAGUCUGAGGACUACAUGUAUCGACGCACCGCCCUGAUGAGGGCUCACCAGUCACACGAGAGGGUGAGCACGCGACUACACAAGCGCUUCCAGGCCUGGGUGGACGCCUGGGCCAAAGAGCACGUCACCCGCGACAUGAGCGCCGACACCACCAAGUGGCUGAUGGGCGAAGGGCGUGACGGCCUGCUGCCCUGCUCCACCACGCGCCACCCGGAGGUCCUCCACUUCAUGAACAUCAACAAGUACCGCGUGAAAUACGGCACGCCGAGCAAGGCGCCGUAG